UGGUUUAUCAUUCACAGCGCAGAGACACACGCACGCACACUCUCUCUUUCCACUCUCCUUCUCUCCCUCCUUCUUUCCUUCCUUGCCAUUGCUCUCUGGGUUCCUCUGUGGAGCGGCAGAACCUCCCCAUCUCUCCGGUGCAGCUCCUUCCGGCCCCCCUCCUCGCCCCUGGACAUUGUCUCCCCCUCUACGUCUCCUGGGACUCCGGGGUCAACAUGGCUGAGCGCACCAUUCCCCACGCCUACCCCAUGAGCGUGGACUACGAGAUGAGCAGCCCCGGGCGCAUCUACGACCAGAACUUUGGAGAAGCCCUGUCCCCCCAAGAGCUCCUGGCGCCCACCCUGUUCCACGGCUACUACAUCCGGCCACGCAUUAACAAGCAGCUGGAGCGCGGCUUCUCGCAGGUGGACAAUGAGGACGACUGGUACCGGGUGCAGCUGGACGUCUGCCAGUUCAUGCCGGACGAGCUGAGCGUGCGCACCGUGGACAACCUGCUGGAGGUGAGCGGCCGGCACGCGCAGCGGAUAGACCAGCACGGCUUCGUCAGCCGGGAGUUCACGCGCACCUACAUCCUCCCGCUGGGCGUGGACCCGCUGCUGGUGCAGGUCUCGCUCUCGCACAACGGCAUCCUGUGCAUCCAGGCGCCGCGCAAGAGCGACGACCUGGAGCCCGUCGUCAACAGGCUGAAGAUCAACGUGGACAAGAAAGGAGCCAAGAGCUCCUGAGGAGCGCACCGAGGGAUGGAGAGUUUGCCGUCCUUAGAGUUACGAGGUUCUGUCUGUGCGGCUGUUCUGUUCUGAGUUGUUUUGAGAUAUUGAGCUUUCAAAGGUACCAAAGUGAAUGUGCUCCAAGCAGAUACAAACUUUUAAAUGUAGCAUUUUUUUCACACUUCUAAACGGUAUUUUUGUGGAAAAAUUUCACACAUAUAUUUAGUGCCCUAUAAACAACAUAUUUAUCAACUCAUUUUUGUCAAAAGAUGUCAGUUAGAACCUUGUAAUUCUAAGGACGCGAGUUAUAAAUAUCAAGCUUUACACUAUAGCUGAAAUUUAGAGACUGAAGUUUUAUGUCAGUUUGUUUGUUUUUUUAAGUAAACAAUGGUCCUAGUUCCUAAAUAAUAGUUGUGUGGUGCAUACUUGAGCUUCAAGACUUCAUGUUUUUGGUACUGAAUCCCACAGAAGAUAUUAUUAUACUGAGAUCAAACUCCCAAGCAGCCAUCACCACUGUGCCCCCAGGGGAUUGUGUAUGAACAAUGUGCAAAUAAAAACUGUUUCAUGGAAAGUAACCAUACAAUUUGACUUCUGAACAGGUAAUAGCAGUAUGCACUCUGUACAUACUGGCACAAUAUAUCUGCAAGGCAACUCACAGAAAGGAGAAAGCUCACUCAUAUUCAAAGGUUCCUGAGCCUCAGUAUACUGUAAUACACCCAGUAAUGACUUUAUUAGGAAAUAUUUUAUGCAAAUAUUUAAUCAGCCAAUGAUGUGGAAUGUGGAAUGGUUUGAGUACCUCAGAAACUGCUGAUCUUUUGCAAAAACAAAACAAAAAAACAUACAGUGAGCAGCAGUUCUGCAGGCAGAAACGUGUUGUUAAUGAGAGAGGUCAGAGGAGAAGGGCCAGACUGGUCGAAGCUGGCAGGAAGGUGGCAGUAACGCCAAUAACCACACAUUACAAUAGUGGUAUGCAGAAGAGCAUCUCUGAACACACAAAAGUGGAUAGGCUACCGCAGCAGAAGACAAAGUCAAAAAAAGAAUUCUAAUAAAUACCUAAUGAAGUGCUCACUGAGUGUAUAUAAAUCAUAAACAGUUCUAUAAAGGUUGUAUUGCAGUCCUGCACUCCAGUUUGAACCUUAUGCUCUCUUGCAUUUGCUGUAAUCGUGCUACAGAUCUUAUCUUGGGGUAGGGGUAGAUGAUCUGCUGCACAUGUAUCAUUUUUAAGAAUAAAAUUUUAUUUUUCACAUUUGAACACUC